AUGGGGCUCAAGGCCCCAGGCGACAGUCUACACGGACUUGCACAUGUUACAGAGUACAGGCUCCUGCACCCGAAACGCUCCUCGCCCGAUUACCCGCCUCCCGUACCGAUAGCACUGGCAGGUCAUUUCACCUCUUGUGUUGCCGACCGUGGCCGCCAGCUUCGGGCACCCUACAUGACCGCUGCAGGAUUGCUGAUAUUCGGGGCAACGCACCAUGACGCUUUCGCCAGUACUACGAAAAGUAACUACAAGGAUUGGUAA